AUGGCUCUUUCAAACAAUACAAGAGUGAGUGAAUUUAUUAUCUCAGGCUUCCCCAACCUGCAAAAUAUUAGUGGUCCAGUAUUCGUGGUGGUAUUAAUCAUCUACACAUUAGCAGUGACAGGGAACAUGAUUAUAGUCUUCAUCACGAGAUUUGAGUCCUCUCUCUGUACUCCCAUGUACUUCUUUCUGGGCAACUUUUCCUUCCUGGAGAUCUGUUUCACCUCUGUCACUGUCCCAACAAUAAUGGUUGACCUCAUUAGAGAAAAGAAUAUUGUAUCCUUCACAAGUUGCCUUACACAAGUAUAUUUCUUCCAUGCGCUUGGUGGUAUUGAGUGCCUUCUUUUAGCGGCUAUGGCAUAUGACAGAUACGUGGCAAUACGGUCCCCUCUAAGAUAUAACACUAUAAUGAAUAGUGUUGUUUAUGUUCAGCUUGCUGUCUGGUCCUGGGUCAUUGGCUUGAUCCUCCCAUUAAUACCAGUAAUCCUAAUCUCUCAGCUCAACUACUGUGGAAGCAACGUGGUAGAUCACUUCUUCUGUGACAUCCUACCAUUGCUGAGGCUAGUUUGCAACAGGACUCAACUCAAUGAAAUGCUGAGUUUCUUCAUUUGUUCCUUCAUUCUUGUUGGCUCUUUCAUACUAACCAUGGUUUCUUAUGCUGCCAUCAUGAUCACUGUUCUUGGCAUCCCCUCCUCAGCUGGACGCAAAAAGGCCUUCUCCACCUUUGCAUCCCACUUGAUAGUGGUUGGUGUCUUCUAUGGAACAAUGAUGUUCAUUUAUGUCAGGCCCACCCGAAACCUCUCCUUCAAUGUGGACCAGUUUGUGGCUGUGUUCUACUGCUUGGUCACUCCACUCUUGAAUCCCAUCAUAUACAGCCUCAGAAACAAGGAAGUGAAACAGGCCCUUAAGAAAGUUCUCUGGAGAAAAUGGGGAGAACUGAAUUGA